CUAACCCUUACGGCAAAUAUGGUAAUUGCCUUGGAUGACGUCAGCCUUCAAGUCUGCAGUAAGGAUCAUUCAUUUCUUCUCUGUAAUAAAAAAGGAUGGCCUAUACUGGAACUCUAUGAAAAACAGUUUAGAACUAAUACGGCUAUCCAGUAUACGAAUAAAGUUAGUCUAGUUUAGGUUUCUCCCUGUAGUACUCAAAACUGGAUCAAUAAGACACUUAGUGAACCUCUUGGGAGAACAGCAGGGCCUUCGCGAAGAGCCUAAAAUUGGGGGGAGGGGUGUAGUAUCGGAUUUUUUUUGGGGGGGGGAAGGGACAACAAUAUUUUUCGGAAAUUAUAUUUUUUAUUCACUUUAGGCUAUUAUUUUUUAAUCAGUGUCACUCAAAUAUUUUAGUUCUUUUCCUUCCUAUUCAAUCAUGUUUUCCCGACUACGAAUAUAAUUUGCCGACAAAUUCGUCAUUUUGCAGAAAAUAUGUUUUUGCUGAUCCAACCAUUAAAAAGUAAAAAAAAUUUCACUCAACCUCAAAUAUCAGCUAAAAUAUAAAUACCCACCCUUGGUCAAAAACGUUACAAAAGGAUACUAUUCAGUUGUCACACAUGUCCUUUACCACUUCUGUGACAUGAGUUUGAUAACUGCUUGUGCAAUUUUCGGCAGUGUAAAGUGCCAUGUUGUCUGCACUUUCUUUGGAGAUACCAUUUGCCUCCUGACAAACUGGAAAAUGAUCAAGAUAGCCCCUUUGAUUGAUUUACAUAUUGUAUUAAUUAACAUAUGACUGUUGACAUUGCUUUUUAGUCUUCAAUGUUUAAGUGCGUCAUGCUUUGAAAAUGACAAUAUUUUUUAUUACCCAACCCUUGCUUUUCAUUUACCCAUCCUAUUACUCAUUCAAAAUUUUGUUCACCAACUCUUUUCUUUCCCGUCCCACCCCCCGGCAUAAAUAAUGAGCGCUCCCACUCCCCGCCAUAAAUAAUGAGCGCUCCCACUCCCCGCCAUAAAUAAUGACCGCUCCCACUCCCCGCCAUAAAUAAUGACCGCUCCCACUUUCCGCCAUAAAUAAUGACCGCUCCCACUUUCCGCCAUAAAUAAUGACCACUCCCCGCCAUAAAUAAUGACCGCUGUCCUUAACGAUUUUUACUUGCCCUCGGGCAAGCGCUAAAUUACACCACCGCUAAUUCAAUGACUAUCGUAUUCUUUAUAGAUCCUUAUCUUCAGCCCACUCUAACAAAUGUCAGCCUGGCAGAUAAUGGUGGCGUGAACAUCACGUGGUCACAUGCUGGUUGUUUUGAGACUUUCCCCCUCACUACCUUGGUAUAUUACCGGACUUCAAGCUCAACAGAAUGGACUCUACAUGCUACUACGGAAGACAGUUCUCAUGUAAUCGCUUCAAUCCUUUUCCCACCUAAUGCCACAUUCGAAUUUAAAGUCAACACGCGUUACGUUGUUAAUAAUGAGGUUGUUAUCAGUGAUGAUAGUGUUGUUUUUAAAUUCACAAUUCCUGGUUAGUGGUCUUGUAUUACGACUCUAAUAGUGUCUAUUCAUGCCUAUUAAUGUUUAUCUUUUAUUUGUAUUUUCCAAUCAUUCUUUCAACACUCUGGUUUUGAUCGCAAUCAGCAAAAAAGAUCCAUCCCGGUCGGGUGGAAUAAAGCCUUCAUAUGGAAAAUUAUCUUCCACCACUUGGCUAAGAUCCCACCUAGCCCAAUGUGAGAUCUCGCUUUGCCGGGCUGGCUUGGUCUCAUUUGAACACAAAUUGAAUUUUGUAUGCCUUAAGAAAGGGCUAGGGGUGCACAUUCGACAAAUUGCUGGGGGUUGGGGGCGAUCUGGCACCGACUUUCCUGUUCUCUGCAAUAAACAUUUGUGACGAGUAGAUUAAAUAACUGUUAUAGCAGAAAAUUGGCGCCGGCUGUUGAUACGCUUUCAAAGAAAAUCGAGACCGACUUCAUGUGAAUUUCGACUGGGGGUGUUCAACCCCCCUCCCAAACCACCACCCCCUCCUAAUGCGCUCCCCCUGGAAAGGGCAUGCAGAUUUCACUUAGUAGGUGAGUUUCCCUCUUACCUGGUUUCAUAUGGAUUAAGUCAUCUAACGUGGUUUUACAUCUACCUUGGUUUUAUCUACAUUCAAAACAUUUCGAGAUUUCAAGCGAAGGCCAACUACUAACUAUUGAGUGCCAGCAAAUGCUCAUAUUCCCACUCACAUUACGGGAGAGUGGGAAUAGCACCAAGAUAAGGUUGCCAUUACACGCCUGUAUCUGCCAUUACAUGAAAACCUCACCGAUCACUUUAUCAAUUUCCACGAACUAGACUUUACAAACUUUCUUACAGCAUAUAUAGGGUCAAAUUCUGUUUGCUGUAAGUAGCAACACUCUAUUUUAUAAACUUGCACGGCUUUAUACAAAUUAUUAAUCCAUGUUCGUUUUAUUUUGCCGUAUUUUUCUAUCUUUGGCCGUGGUAACCAGGGUUUCUCUCAGGGCUUUUUUACGGCGAGUUUUGUAACUCAAUCAUCUAAUUAAGGCCCAUACAGACCGGACGCGAUUUGGCAACGCGACGCGAAUUUUCAGUUUUCAUUGACAUUUAAGGUGGCUCGAUACAGUUUUCAAAAAUUCAGGUGUUUAAGGUUACAGGACACCUUUUUUGGCGUUUUGCGGAAAAUCGCUACUGCGCGCUCAAUAUCAGUCCGAUUUUCAUCAAAUGUUUGGCACCAAAUGUUCGUCAGUGCAUGCAAAAUAUGGUAAAGUUGUAAAAUUAACAAACAAUAAGAUAAUGUAAGAAUUAUUCAGGAAAAUCUUAAAUCGCGGUACGGUUACGCUUUUGAGUUGUGCUCCUGCUGGUUUUAAGUUAUAUUUAUGAAAAUUUCAUUUUUAUACAGUAAAAUAGUUGUUCUAAAAAAUAGUGUUCGGAAAUUUUUGUUUAUUUCGUCAUUCCGCUGAUAUGGCGAUUUCUUUGACGACUGCAAUAUAUUUCUGAAUUGUUUGAGUUAAUUGCUCUUUAUUUUUAUUAAAAUAUCCAAAAUUUAAAAAAAGCCGAACACAAUUUUGAAACUGACGUAUUUAGCUAUGUCCUGUGAAAAUUUGAGAAAAAUUGGUUAAAACCCGCAGGAGCACAACUCGUUUGAAAAUCAGUAAUUACCGUAAAAUUCUUCGGGAGAAAAUUGAAUUUGAAUAUUACAUUUUCAAUGUUUUUCUUAUUGCAGCGAAAUGUAUUUUAUUGAAUAACUCUGCGAGUUUUCAACAUUUUUCGUUCAAACUUGGUCAGAUAGUAGAACUAGUCUAAUGCUUUCAUGGAAACUAAUAAAAAAAUUUUAAGGCAAAAUUAACACUCAAAGGUGUUCUGUAACCUUAACACUUUGAUAUGUUCAAACUACGCAUUUUUAGGAUUUAUUUAGCAGAUAUUGGGGUUUUUGUAUAUUUUGAUAACUCUACUUUCAAAUUAUAUUAGUUUUAGUAACAGAUAGUUCGUUGCUAUGACGACAUACGUGUACGAAAUUCACUCCAAAAUGGCCUAUCGUCUCGUAUAGUUGGAAAACAAGCAUGGUGACCCCCCAUUUUUUUCGUGCAUUAUUUUACUUGGACAAAAAGCUAACAAUUAGCAAAAUAUAAAAAAAUUCUGUAAUGCCAUUUUUUGGAAAAUGCGAAAAUGUCAUAUUCUUCGGUAAAAUUUUUUUGCCAUUACAGAAUUUUUUUAUUUUUUGUAUAAUGAAAGUUUUUAGCGGUGCAAUACACAGCGUGCAAAAUUUGAACAUAGGUCACCAGACAAAAUAAAGAGAUAUAACGCAUUGUUUUUCUAAAAAGGAAAAUUGUAAUGACGUCAGCAAUUGACAUAAAACGCUAUAGAACACGCGCAAUGGCGUGAUAUGGCGCAAGCAACUGCUCAUGUCAGGUCAUUUUGGAAGUUCUUUGAUUUUGUUAAUCAGUUUCCGCGACCUGCGCGUAAAAAUGGUCACCCGGUUUUGAGUUCGCGAUUCUUGAGCAGGGUUUUUGAGUUAUAUCGAACCACCUUAACUUUAAUAUUUUUUUCAAUGCUUUUCAAAUAUUCGGAACCACUUUAAGCAAUUUAAGCUAUUUGGUCAGCAUAUCUUUUAAAAUUUUUAUCCGUUGACGGUUUUAUUUGUUUUUGAAAACUGAAAAUUCGCGUCGCUUUGCCGAAUCGCGUCCGGUCUGUUUGGGCCUUCAGACGUUUCAGCGCAGUAAAAAAUUGUGAUUUGGAAAUAAUUUUUCCCGUUGGAAACCAAACAAACUACGAAAAAGCGAAUAUACCAGCCGCAAUUCGUUCAGGGUUUCACAUCACAAAUUCAAAGCAAUUUUGAGCGAUAAUUGUGGGCAAUUGUGGAACUUCCUGGGCCUUUGCCCAUGGGCACCCCAAGUUCCACCCUAUCCUCCCCAUCGGGGGGGGGGGGGGGGGGGGAGACAACCGCCCCAGACCCCAAGCUGAUUAGGUAAACUGAAUCUUGUCUGCAAAAACGGACCCAGCGAAAUAUCCUAAAAAACCCUGGGUAACACGGUUUCUAGCUUACAGUCGCCACUAGCAAUAAAUAAACAUGAAAACCUGUCCUUUAUAUUCCAGAUUCUUUCAUAUCUUCAACAUUGACUUUCGAAGCUGCACCAGCAGUGCCAUCCAACGUAUCCAUCUCAGAUCGCGGAUGGCUUUUGAAUCGAGGAAUAAACGUCACAAUAGCAUGUAAAGUUGCCUCAGUAACAAAACCAACAAUAAUUUUGAAGAAAGAUAAGAUUAUUUAUCCUACAGAACAGCUAAAAGAACUAACAGACCCUCCAUCUGAGGGAACCAACCUGUGGCAAGCUACAAUGUCAAUUCUUCCAUUCGAGGACGAUGACGCUGCUAAAUACAUCUGUGAAGUAAAGUCUGGAAAUGACAGUGUACUAUCUCGAAUAUUGUACCUCAAUAUACAAGGUAAUUGAUGAGUGUUAGUUAAAGUUGGGCGGUAUUGAAAUUUCAAUACCGUUUAAGGUAUUUUUAAAAUAUCGCCGUUUGGCCUACAGUUAGUGCAGUUUAUCUCUCUCCUCCGCAGAGGUUUCAAUGAGCUUUACAUGGCGCUUACCGUAUCGAACCGCUGUGUGGAAGACGCACAGGCGGAGACGGGAAAAGCACCCGGUACGACCAUUUUAUGCGGACUAGAUAGUCGCUAAAGUAUUCGGAAAAGUGGCGACUGAUAGUCGAAGAAAAUGUGCACCGUCGUAUGGCUGAGCCUGGUAGUAAACCGUAACCACUCCACAAAAGUUUUAGUUAUAAGUGUAACUGUCCUUGCUUGGUGGAUGGUGGGUAGGUGGGAGGAAAGUUCCCCGGAGGGGUAGCUGGCCGGGGUUAGGGUUUGCGGUUAGGUUGCGGGGUUAGCAGGUGGGGUUAGUGGUCAGGGGCUAGGAGGUGGGGUUAGGGUUAGGGGUUAGGAUUAGUGUUAGGAUUAGGGUUUGGGUUAGGAUUAGCGUUUGGAUUGGAAGUGUACAUGAUGCGCGACUGACAAUCGCCAUUUACUCGCAUACUUUACCGACUAUAUAGUCAUGUGGAUAUGGUCGUACCGGCUGGGAAAAGCGGAGGCCAAGUCAAGAAAAUUAUCCAUUUUAACGAUCGCUGUUUCCAUAUGAUCGGCUGCGCGGCUGCGGUCGUGAAAUUUAUUUUUUACUGAUUUACUUGCCAAUUAACGAUGUUCUAAAAUGUUAAAGUCUAACCUUUCCCCUAUUUCGCGCGCGUAUACAUUGUGUUCGUUUUUCGUUUGUGAACUUUUCUUGCUGUUCAAAUAAAAGAUAAACUAAUGAGAGCUAUGAUACCGGUACAUCUUACAGUAUACCGCCGACAUCACUCCAGAAUAAUUCCACGUUUAGCAAUACAGCUGAGAAUUUUGAUCAAGAAACGUUGAAUACGACCAUGACACCCUACGAUGGAAUAUCUAAAUAUUUAACAAUUAUUCACCGAAGGUGAGGUGAAUUAUCGGGGAAUAUUCACCGAGACGAAGUCGAGAUUUGUAGGUGAAUAUGACAGCUUAAUACGUCAAAUUUAACCAAUCAACAUGUAGGAUUCGUUAUAUUUACUUGUGCAAAACUGCUGACUUUCACCUUCAUUGUUAACACGCAUAACAUAGUAAAUAUUUUUUUCACCUUCAUUUUUAUUGUUGUUUAGGUUCGUUUAUGUAUGUGCAACACAACGGUUCGUCAAGUCAGUUCAUUGUGAACUAUGAUUCCAGAUUUGAGUUUUUCCUACGUGGUCUUGGGGAAGCAUACGAUGAGAUUUCCUUAGAAAGAAAAGACUGGUUGACUGGGCAGUAUGUACGCAGCGAAGCUCGAAUGAAUGUUGGAUUGUAUGAAAAUUUUUACAUUUCUUUUACUGGAGUAUAUGAUAAAUGCAGAUGUUCGCAAACUGGGCAACAUCGCUUCAAAGUCAGGACUAAUGGAGUGAACAUCUCAUACUAUGAUUUUGAAGCACUUCGAUUAACACGUGAGUAAAAACAUGUAGGCUACUGCAUAUCAGAAUAGUUUUAGCGGGCGUUGUGGCGUAUUUUGCGGCCUAAAAUCAACAAAUUAGCGGCUUAAAAUACAUUUUAGCUCUCAGAAUUUUAAAUUGGUUACGUUCGCCGGCAGUUUCUAGCAAUGUAGUCUUGAGCUGGUUCUGGGCAAGUUUUUUAAAAUUCUUACCGACAAAAUGGCUGUAAAAAUACAAAACGAGAAGAUAUACCGGGUGGCCCAAAAAAAAGUACUCCUGUUUGAUUCGUAAUAACUUCUAAACAAGUAAAGUUUUUAAAGAGAAAUAACUUGCAUUAAAUAGAGGAAGGACUAACUUAGAUUUUGAUAUAUUACAGUUGUAUUUAACUUAAAAAUUCACGGAGAUAUUAAUGUUAAAAAUGGGGAGCAUAUUUUGGAAUGUGUCUAAAAUUAGCGAAAAUCGGCAUAUCAAAUAUUAACUCCAGCGUUUGUUUGCUUAAUGACAUAUUAGGUUAACUUGUAUUUCAGCGAAUUAUCGUUAAGGUUUGUAAGGGAUAUGGCGUAGAUUUAGACAUCUUACAUGUAAGUCUUAGCUCAUUGUUUCCUGAAAUAUGAACGUUCGAAAUUAUGUUAGAAGUUAGAAGAGCUUCACAAUUCCGUUGUGACAGCAUGCCCUAAUUCAGAACUACGAACGAUCCAAUGACGAUCCUUCGCGAUGCAGUGGUCUCAUGAAAUAAGGAAACGUAUUCGUGCUAGGAACACACGCGAAUUUCGGACGAAUGAAUCUUGCUUGUAUUUUGUAGAUAUAAUAAUACUUUGUUUCAUAAUAAACAAUUUGUCAAGUGUCAUUUAUUUACUGGUAAUAGUGCAUGUUUCAGUCGGGCAAAUCUUGAUUAAUAUUUGAUACGCCGAUUUUUGCAUAUUUCAGACACAUCCAGAAAUAUCCUCCCGAAUUUAAAGAUUAAUAUCUCCGUGAAUUUUUAAGUGAAAUACAACUGUAAUAUAUCAAAGUCUAAGUUAGUCCUUCCUCUAUUUGAUGCAAGUUAUUUCUCUUUAAAAGCUAUACUUGUUUAGAUGUUAUUACGAAUCAAACAGGAGUACUUUUUUUUGGGCCACCCGGUAUCUAUAUUCAAAAAUUAAAUAGACUAGAAUUACACUCUCUAAAGCAAGGAAAAACAAGAAUUAUUUAUGUUGUGGCAGAAACAGCCAAGAUAUGGCAGAAACAGCCAAGGUUGCUAAGAUGGCGGAAAUUGAAGAGCUAUAGUACAUCAGUUCCAGUCCCUUUCUAUUGUUUUUGACUGCGCGGUUAACACGAAGAUGGCUUCAUGUUUUGAACUCGAGUUCUCGCUCCAUAUAUAUUUGGAGGUCACUGGACCACUGGUAUAGUCACGCAUGACAAAUGCAGAUCAGAUACUCGUGCUUUAUAUAUAACAUUUUUUAAUUUUCAGAGCCCGAUCCACCCGAGUCUGUUACAGUGACACAUAACGGCACCAGUCGCGCUCAAGUCACGUGGAAUUCUCCUGGAUGUAACGGAGGACCAACAAGAGGCGUUCGUAUCUCAUUCUACCAUGGUAACUCGAGCACUCCAACUUACUUUCAAUCUAAUGAAACGACAUGGAACUCCUCCACUGGCGCAGGGUCUUUUAUUAUUAACGAUUAUGAAUUUGAAGUUAAUGAGGGGUAUAAUUGGACGGUGGCUGUACUCUAUGAUUACGGAGAUGUAACUAUUUGGAGUCAGGAAAGUUCUCUUGUCUCGACAAAGAUCUCGGGUAUGUAAAAUUCUACUCACGUAACUAAAGUUAUGGUAGUUUCAGAGCCACCAGUUUCAGAUGUGGAAAUCAGUGCUGUAAGUAAUUUCAUUACCAGUAACGAAAAAGUAACUGUAACAGUAACUAGUUACGUUUUGAAAGAGGUAACUAUAACUACUAGUUACAUUUUGGCUUAUAAUGGAACGAUAACGCGUUACUUCUUUUUACAGUAAUUUUGUCACUAUCAAUGUAACAAGUUACAAAAAAUUGAAAGUAACUUUUUAACUGGUUACAAAAACCGUGAAGUAACUAAUUUGUAAUGGUAACUAGUUCCUUUUAUGAGCCUGUAACUGUAACUAGUUCCAAAAGAUAAGUAUAUCUUUUAAAGCGCUGGUGGAAGUACUAUUUAUAGCACUUGUAGUUAUAUUUUAUCGUAUUUAAAAUGCGAGGGUGCAGCCCAAGCAUUUUAAAUAUGAUAAGAUACGAUUACAGUAGACGCCGUUUCAUUAAUAAAGAAUACUAAUUAUGAUGAGCUUUCAGCUUUAUAAAAAGAAUACUAAUGCAGAUGAGUUUUAUCAGGUAUAAGGCCACUUCACGUGACAUAUUAUCAGUGUUGUAUCGGAUGUAAUUGUGAAAUGUCUUGAUGAGAAUUCUUCAAUAAUUUAAAUUAAUGAAUGAUAUUUGGUGAGAAAAUUGAACUUAAAGGUUAUGUAAGUCAGCAUGAUUUUGCAUCAGAUAAACGAACUCCUUCAUGGUCAUGAUUUUUUUGUAUUUUCUUCAUGAAUUAUUGAUGAUUUCACAAGUAUUAAUAACUCUUAUAAUUCUCUGUAUUGACAUUUUCAUUGACAGAUGAAUUUGACGUCAAAAUAUCAUUACAUGAUGACAAUUCUUUUGUGGUCAAACCAGGAAAUGAUGGUACUUACAAAAUCGAACUUGGGCGAAGCAUAAUAAUAUCCUGUACUGUAGUCUCCAUCACCCGACCUCAGAGAACAUGGAUUAAACGCACUUAUCAAGGAUAUGAAGCUGUUCAAAGCCAAGAGUUCCAGCCAGAAUUUUCAUCGUCAGGCUUUGGAUGGAUAAGAACCAUAAAUAUUCCACAAUUUAACUACACUGAUUCUGGUAAUUAUAAUUGUUCUGGGACAUCAGGGAGUAAUUAUGGCAUUGAUUAUGCAACAAUAUCUGUAUAUGGUAAGUAAAUAGCAUAAUUUGUUUCUCUUUAGUUCCUUUCUUUCUUACCUGCCUUCUUUCUUUUCCUCCCUUAUUUCAUCUUUUUCUUCCCCUUAUUUCAUUUUUUCCUUCCUUAUUUCAUCUUUUUAUUCUCUUAUUUCAUCUUUUUCCUCCAUUAUUUCAUCUUUUUCCUCCCCUAUUUCAUCUUUUUCCUCCCCUAUUUCAUCUUUUUCCUUCCUUAUUUCAUCUUUUUCUUCCGCUUAUUUCAUCUUUUUCUUCCCUUGUUUCAUCUUUUUUCUCUUAUUUCAUCUUUUUCCUCCUUAUGUCAUCUUUUUCCUUCCUUAUUUCAUCUUUUUCUUCCCUUAUUUCAUCUUUUACAUCCCUAAUUUCAUCUUUUUCCUCCCUUGUUUGAUCUUUUUCUCUUAUUUCAUCUUUUACCUCCCUUAUUUCAUUUUUUUAUCCCUUAUUUCAUCUUUUUCCUACUUCUAUUCAUCCCUGUUCUUUCUCUUUUCAUCCCUGCCUCUUUCCACUUUACCUACCUUGUCACUUUCCUUCAUCUUUGCACAUCCCCUCCCUCCUUCUCCCCGUCUAUCUCCUGUUUACCCCAAUCCUUUCUUUCCUUCUUUAUUAUCCAUUCUUUCUUUCCAUACUUCUCUCCUUUCUUCUUUUUUUAUUUUCUUUCUUUAUUUUCAUUUUCCCUUCUUUUCUUAAUUUCUUGCUUCCUUCCUUCUUUUCUAUCUUUCCACCUACCGUUCCUUCAGUUUCCAGUCUCUUGCCUUUUUCCCUUCUACGAAGGCAGGGCUUUCAGAAUUAUUCUGAAUAGGUGUCUGUUUUGAUAAAGUAGGCGGCAGUAGGCACAAGUGUAUAUUGAUUAGAUAGCAAGUAACACAACUGAUCUCUGGAACCAAAUUAUAAUAUAUCACUAUUUUCAUUCUUCAACAAGGUAACUUCAAGAUUUAAGAUGGAAAAUAACUAAAUCGGUUUUACAAAAUAGUUACGUUGUUUUCGAAAAUAACCUGGCUAUAAAGUAUAGACGAAGUUGAGGAAAUAUAACUUUGUUUGAAAGCUUAGAAUGGAGGAAGGAGAGCAGAAUUGAUAAUUGAAGUGCUAAACAAAGUAACCGGCGGUGAACCUUGUGACACCUGCCGGAGCCCUAGCGGCCGCCGGCUUAUUGUGAAAGUCCUGCGAAGGACUACCCCGAUCACUAUUCUCACCCAUACUUUCUCUAUCAUUUUAGCACCUGUGAUUCUUAUAACGACAUCAAUAAUGCCGGAAAACUAUACCACUCCAUACAACUCAACAUUCAAGGCAGAAAUUAUCCUGCAGGGUUUACCAACCUAUAAUAGGGACUUCCAAAUCGUUGAUUGGCGAACUAAAAAGUUCAGCUCGAUUGAAGGACAAAGAUUUGUGGAUAUUGAUGGUUAUUUGAAAGUUACAGCUCAGUACAACUCGUUCAAAUGUUCAAACACAGGAAUUCAUCGCGCUGUCCUCGAGAUGGAAGAUUAUUCACAGUUCCAGUAUGAACUACCAAGUCCAUUACUUAUUUCAGGUAAGUGCAUUACUAAAAUUUCCUCGAAAAUUAUCACUAUCUAUUAUUUUGAUAUGCCUUCGUAUUUAUGGUGAUCUUAUUUUUUCACAGACCCCGACCCUCCACAAAUUACUUCAGUAACAGGCAUGUCACAAUCUACGAUAAAACUAACAUGGAGUGCAGGUCAAUGCAACAUGGGUUAUCCUAGGGAAAUCUCUAUUACUGUAUUCAAACGAAAUGGAGACCUUCUAAAAGAAAGCAUUUUGAAUAUCACCAGUUAUAAUGAAAGUACUGGUGUCGGUGUUACGUUGGUUGAAAAAGGACAGGAUUUUAAUGAAUCUUACACUGAGUGGAUCAUUAAAGUGUCAUAUAAUGGUAGAACUGAACCAGUUUGGAGUCGACCGUCACUGGCUUACUUUGCUACAGUGUCUGGUAUGUAAGGAACUUUAAUGACAACUUAACUAAAUCAAACUGAUCGAUUAUUAGAGUAAUCAAAUAAUCGAUCAUUUUAAAUAAAAACCAUCUAUUAUUUUUCUUUUACAGACAGCAUAACUAUCAGUUUUCAGUCUACUUCAUCAUCCAGCUUGUCUGCACGCAUAACUUUAGUGGGUCAUCAAAUCAAGAGGAACGAAUCAGUUACAUUCACAUGUCAGACCUCAGCUGCAGAAACAUCAUCAAACUUUACGUGGUCCAAGAGAACAUUUGGAAAUCGUUCAGCAUUAAGUGGCAAUAACAUCAGAUCCUGGAAUGAAGACGAAUAUUUGUAUGGUUCUCUGACUUUGGAUUAUUUUGAUUAUAGUAAUUGUGGAGUAUACAGUUGUGAAGUGAAUAUUGGGAAUAAGCUACAAGAAGUAGAAAUGCCGCUCAGUAUAAAAGGUACUGUACAUGCACCUAUACUACUUUCUAUACCAUGCCGAUAGUCAAAUGAACAAUAUAACUGUGCCGAGCAGCAAGAUGGGUUUACCUAAUUUGAAUAAUUUUACCGGAAGAGCUGUAUGACUUAAUUUUAUAAAUAUGCAGAUGUGACAAAUGCUCACCACUUGCUACGAUUGCUACGAGACGAUUCUCAAAUCAUUUUACCCCACAAAAUGUCUCAUUUCCGUUGCACUCUUCGAUUUUGAUUUAUUGGUUGUGACAACCUAACACCACAAUCAUUAGAUUUAAGAUCAUAAGAUAUAUACAGUAUUACAGAUAUCGAAGGAAAUAGACUAAGUUCCGAAAGAUCACCUGCAGCACUUCAACUGACUUGACCUUGUGACACAGUUGGUAGAGCAAUGCUAGUAAAUGACUGGCAAGUUCGAUUCCCACUGCGGUGAAGCAAUUUUUCAGCUUGCCUAAUGUGGAGAUACUCUGAGUGGCAUUUAAAAUAAUUUACCAGAGUUAUAACUCCACAAUCAUUAUAUUUAAUACUCAAGGAGUUGGUCGAAGAAGAAGGAUCAACUACCUGAAAAAUGUACUCAAAUGUUACGAGUGAAGGUCCUUUGUUCAAACGUCCUCGUACUAACAUCGGAUUUAAACUUGGUGAUACAGUGUUAGCCGCAGUGUGAAUGCAAGCGACCUUGGAAUCAGAUGCUUCUUGUCAGGCUAAAAAAAAACAUAUUGAUCUUUUGAUCAAAGGCCCCUCGUCAGAAGUAGUACUAUUGAAGGAGUGCGUCUUGAGCCAUUAACUAUCUUGGUGAAAGGCCUUUCUUAGAAGUGUUUUUCUAAAAGAUCCUAUUGAGAUACGAUCGAAGUAUAAUUAUGUGCCAUUAUCUUUAAAAUAUUUGGACUUUUAAAUUAAUAUGCAUCUCAUACACAGUCUGGUUAAUAGGGGGAUUCAAGGUUUCCGAGGCUAUCUUGAAUCUAUUGUUUUCACGACUGUAUUUGCACCCCCUCCAAAUUGACCUAUAGGGAAUUCCAUUGUGUUUGCACCCGUUGCAAUAUUGUGUUUCGUUAUGGCGUCAGAAACCUUGAAUCCCCCUAUUAAGGUCUUGUAUUCCCAGGAUCACUAUAUGAAUAAAAUAUGUGUACGUCUAUUUCAGCACCUAUCCUUGCCGAACAUGUAGCCAAGAAUUUGAAUUCAAAAGUACACCAUGGUAGUCUGAGAACAAUCAAGUUUUUAUUACUCGGCUAUCCCCAACCACAAACAUAUGCUGAACGAUUGGAUCAACCCGAAAGCUACUGGAGAAAUUAUACAGAUUAUCUACCAGUCUUGAGCGAAGACAUUUAUUGGACGGUGGAGCUGAGACGUAACUUAACUUGUGCAGACACUGGUCUUAUCCGUCUGGUGAUCUUAGAUCAGAAUAUGAGAAAUGUAGUCAAUGUAGAGGGGCGAACACCACUGAUUGGUAGGUAUCAUAACCUUGCUGAAGGCAAAAUCCAAUUUCAAUAUACCUACCAUCUAACAGCCAUGAUUGCAGUAUAGUUGGGUGUCAGUGAGCAUUACGAGGCGGCAGAUAGUGAUAGAUAUUUAGAUGUGAAGAAAAUUGUAGGGGCAAGGAAAUCAAACUAAAUGUGUUCAUUUAUAUGCCACCAAAUACAACUAAAUGUCUUUACUUAUAUGUACUAGAUAAAAAAUUAGAAAUAUACAUUUUGUGUGUGUUGGUGUUAUGUACUCAGGUAAAUAUGUUUGUGAUGCUUUUUAGUGUGUAUCCACACCGAGUAAGCCGAAAAGUUUGCCUGACCACGGUUCGAUUCCCACCGUGGUCAGACAAACUUUUCAGCUUGCCCGGCGUGGAUACACACUCUGAGUAACAUCACAAACAGAAAUAUACUGCCCAUUUGCUGCACACUAGUAAUGUACUUAGUGAAAACCACUUAUACUAUGUGAUGUCGGCCGACAUGUUUAACAGGCAUUAAAAAUUGGCAUCUUUUCGUUAUAAUAUUCCUAGAUCCUGACCCGCCUACUGUUAUAUCUGUGGAGUACCUUUCUGAAUCACAUGCAAAUGUAACGUGGAAAGCAACAAGAUGUAACUUUGCUAGUGUGAAGAAAAUAAACAUUCAACAAAAUGGCAGUAGUGUGCUUUCAUAUGCAGAUACAAACUGGAACAACGAAACUGAAAUUGGUUAUCAAAUAGUGGAGAAUAUUACAGUUGUGGAGAAUCAAACUUAUUCUUGGAAUGUUAGUGUUGUCUAUGGCGAAGGUGUGGAAGAAGCCACGAGUCAGUCAAGUCCAGUUUUUGAAGCUCCUGUUGUUGGUAAGCUAAGAGUUGGGGUUAAGUAUUGACGACGGUAGCAAUGAUGAUUAUAAAGGUGAUUAUGGUGUUGAUGAAGAUGUUUAGUAACUCCAUUACUCUGACGGUGAUAAUAACGGUGAUGGUGGUGUUUAUAAUGAUCUUGGUUAUGGUACUGAUUAAAGUCAUAGUUUUAAUGAUGGCAAAGGCUAAAUGUUGUACUGAUGCUGGCGGUGGGGCAUUAUACAUUCAUUAUAUGUUCGUUUUUAGAUGUUAAUGAAUGCUUAGAAGCAAAUUCUUGUGAUGUCAAUGCAACUUGCAUCAAUAAAAUUGGUACUUAUGACUGCCAGUGUAACGUUGGAUUUUCUGGAGAUGGAUUUAACUGCUCAAGUAAGUCAGUUCACACAUACAGUUCAACACACCAGGUUAGGCAGAUAUGGAUAAGUAUGGAAUAUAUUUUCGAAUUUAGCUUUCUUGGAGAAGGGAAUGGACUGGAAAUGCAAAUGCAAAAGUUGUCACUCACGGCAUUGGUGGUAUGAGCUAAACCUUCCCAACACAAUCUUUGUAACUUGAGAGGAAUGAUGUGUUUUGAUUUGUAAAUUAAAUAUUUUAAACACAAACAAUAUGUCUAUGAAAUGAAAACACAAGUUGUAGCUGUCUACUUUUCUGUUUUACAAUUAGGAAACCCGUUGAAUUAUUGUUGUUGAAAUUUCCAGUAAAAACUAAGUAAAACUACAUAACUCAUGAUCUAUUAUGUUUACAAGUAACAAUGUUUUCAGUAACAAUGCUAAGAAACAAUAGUUAAUUUAAUGUUGUGCAGCUUUUCCUUUAAAAACAUAAUAUGAUUGUGACUGCAGACUGUGCAGCUUUUAUCACAAAUAGCAACGCACAAAGCAAUGGCAUUUCUAGUCCAUUCUUCUUGAUUGACUAUAGUUCAGCAACAACUUUUUCAUUUUUUUGUAUUUCCUGUUCAUUAUGUAAUUCAUUGUAAUCUUUAAUUUCCUAGACAUAGAUGAAUGUUUGACCAACCCAUGCCAUAUUAAUGCCAGUUGUACUGACAGUGAAGGUUCUUUUGUUUGUAAAUGUAAUAGUGGGUAUUCUGGAAAUGGAUUUAAUUGUUCUAGUAAGUAAAUAUUUUGUUUCUGUGUCUAAAAUAUUGUGCCUUUUUAUUAAUUACUUAUUUUUAUUACUUUUCUAGACAUUGAUGAAUGUUUGACUAACCCAUGUCAUGUCAAUGCCAGCUGUACUGACACUGAAGGUUCUUUUGUUUGUCAGUGUCACGCUGGAUAUUUUGGAAAUGGAUUUAAUUGUUCGAGUAAGUAAUUCUUUCAUUUAUGUGUUUACAAUUUCGAAUGUUGCGGUAAUCGUAUAUUGUUUGUUAUUUUUAUUAUUUUCUCUAGAUAUUGAUGAAUGUUUGACCAACCCAUGUCAUGUCAAUGGCAGUUGUUCUGACACCAAAGGUUCUUUUGUUUGUCAAUGUAAUAGUGGGUAUUCUGGAAAUGGAUUUAAUUGUUCUAGUAAGUAAAUAUUUCAUCUAUGUAUCUAAAAUAUUGUACCUUUCCAUUAAUCACUUAUUGUUUGUUAUUUCUAUUAUUUUUCCUAGACAUUGAUGAAUGUUUGACCAACCCAUGUCAUGUCAAUGCCAGCUGUAUGGACAACGAAGGUUCUUUUGUUUGUCAGUGUCACGCUGGCAAUUCUGGAAAUGGAUUUAAUUGUUCUAGUAAGUAACUCUUUCAUUUGUGUGUUUAAAGUUUUGUACCUGUAUACUAAUCUCUUAUUGUUUGUUAUUUCUAUUGUUUUUCCUAGACAUUGAUGAAUGUUUGAUGACAAACCCAUGUCAUGCCAAUGCCAGCUGUACUGACACAGAAGGUUCUUUUGUUUGUCAAUGUAAUAGCGGGUAUUUUGGAAAUGGGUUUAAUUGUUCUAGUAAGUAAAUCUUUCAUUCAUACAUAAAGUUUUGUGCCUUUCUACUAAUCACUUAUUGUUUGUUAUUUCUAUUGUUUUUUUCUAGACAUUGAUGAAUGUUUGACCAACCCAUGUCAUGUCAAUGCCAGUUGUAUGGACAACGAAGGUUCUUUUGUUUGUCAAUGUAAUAGUGGGUAUUCUGGAAAUGGAUUUAAUUGUUCUAGUAAGUAAAUAUUUCAUCUAUGUAUCUAAAAUAUUGUACCUUUCUAUUAAUCACUUAUUGUUUGUUAUUUCUAUUAUUUUUCUAGACAUUGAUGAGUGUUUGACCAACCCAUGUCAUGUCAAUGCCAGCUGUAUGGACAACAGAGGUUCUUUUGUUUGUCAGUGUAUUAGUGGGUAUUCUGGAAAUGGAUUUAAUUGUUCUAGUAAGUAAAUCUUUCAUUUGUGUGUUUAAAGUUUUGUACCUGUAUACUAAUCUUAUCAUUUAUUGUUUGUUAUUUCUAUUGUUUUUUUUAGACAUUGAUGAAUGUUUGACCAACCCAUGUCAUGUCAAUGCCAGCUGUACUGACACAGAAGGUUCUUUUGUUUGUCAAUGUAAUAGUGGGUAUUCUGGAAAUGGAUUUAAUUGUUCUAGUAAGUAAAUAUUUCAUCUAGGUAUCUAAAAUAUUGUACCUUUCUAUUAAUCACUUAUUGUUUGUUAUUUCUAUUAUUUUUCUAGACAUUGAUGAGUGUUUGACCAACCCAUGUCAUGUCAAUGCCAGCUGUACUGACACUGAAGGUUCUUUUGUUUGUCAGUGUCACGCUGGAUAUUUUGGAAAUGGAUUUAAUUGUUCUAGUAAGUAACUCUUUCAUUUAUGUGUUUACAAUUUUGAAUGUUGCGGUAAUCGUAUAUUGUUUGUUAUUUUUAUUAUUUUCUCUAGAUAUUGACGAAUGUUUGACCAACCCAUGUCAUGUCAAUGCCAGCUGUACUGACACCGAAGGUUCUUUUAUUUGUCAAUGUAAUAGUGGGUAUUCUGGAAAUGGAUUUAAUUGUUCCAGUAAGUAAAUCAAUCGUUCAUGUAUAACGUUUCCACCUGUCCACUAAUCACUUAUUGUUUGUUAUUUUUAUUAUUUUUCUAGACAUUGAUGAAUGUUUGACCAACCCAUGCCAUGUCAAUUCCACCUGUACUGACACCGAAGGUUCUUUUGUUUGUCAAUUAAGUAAGUAAUGUCUAGUAAGUCAAUGUCUAGUAAGUAAAUCUUUUAUUCAUGUAUGAAGUUUUCUACCUGUCUUCUAAUCACUUAUUGCUUGUAUUAUUUCUAUUGUUUUUUCUAGACAUUGAUGAAUGUUUGACCGACCCAUGUCAUGUCAAUGCCAGCUGUACUGACACCGAAGGUUCUUUUGUUUGUCAAUGUAUUAGUGGGUAUUCUGGAAAUGGAUUUAAUUGUUCUAGUAAGUAAAUAUUUCAUCUAUGUAUCUAAAAUAUUGUACCUUUCUAUUAAUCACUUAUUGUUUGUUAUUUCUAUUAUUUUUCUAGACAUUGAUGAGUGUUUGACCAACCCAUGUCAUGUCAAUGCCAGCUGUAUGGACACCAGAGGUUCUUUUGUUUGUCAAUGUAUUAGUGGGUAUUCUGGAAAUGGAUUUAAUUGUUCUAGUAAGUAAAUCUUUCAUUUGUGUGUUUAAAGUUUUGUACCUGUAUACUAAUCUUAUCAUUUAUUGUUUGUUAUUUCUAUUGUUUUUUUUAGACAUUGAUGAAUGUUUGACCAACCCAUGUCAUGUCAAUGCCAGCUGUACUGACACAGAAGGUUCUUUUGUUUGUCAGUGUAAUAGUGGGUAUUCUGGAAAUGGAUUUAAUUGUUCUAGUAAGUAAAUAUUUCAUCUAGGUAUCUAAAAUAUUGUACCUUUCUAUUAAUCACUUAUUGUUUGUUAUUUCUAUUAUUUUUCUAGACAUUGAUGAGUGUUUGACCAACCCAUGUCAUGUCAAUGCCAGCUGUACUGACACAGAAGGUUCUUUUGUUUGUCAGUGUAAUAGUGGGUAUCCUGGAAAUGGAUUUAAUUGUUCUAGUAAGUAAAUAUUUCAUCUAGGUAUCUAAAAUAUUGUACCUUUCUAUUAAUCACUUAUUGUUUGUUAUUUCUAUUAUUUUUCUAGACAUUGAUGAGUGUUUGACCAACCCAUGUCAUGUCAAUGCCAGCUGUACUGACACUGAAGGUUCUUUUGUUUGUCAGUGUCACGCUGGAUAUUUUGGAAAUGGAUUUAAUUGUUCUAGUAAGUAACUCUUUCAUUUAUGUGUUUACAAUUUUGAAUGUUGCGGUAAUCGUAUAUUGUUUGUUAUUUUUAUUAUUUUCUCUAGAUAUUGAUGAAUGUUUGACCAACCCAUGUCAUGUCAAUGCCAGCUGUACUGACACCGAAGGUUCUUUUGUUUGUCAAUGUAAUAGUGGGUAUUCUGGAAAUGGAUUUAGUUGUUCCAGUAAGUAAAUCAAUCGUUCAUGUAUAACGUUUCUACCUGUGUACUAAUCACUUAUUGUUUGUUAUUUUUAUUAUUUUUCUAGACAUUGAUGAAUGUUUGACCAACCCAUGUCAUGUCAAUUCCACCUGUACUGACACCGAAGGUUCUUUUGUUUGUCAAUUAAGUAAGUAAUGUCUAGUAAGUCAAUGUCUAGUAAGUAAAUCUUUUAUUCAUGUAUGAAGUUUUCUACCUGUCUUCUAAUCACUUAUUGCUUGUAUUAUUUCUAUUGUUUUUUCUAGACAUUGAUGAAUGUUUGACCGACCCAUGUCAUGUCAAUGCCAGCUGUACUGACACAGAAGGUUCUUUUGUUUGUCAAUGUAAUAGUGGGUAUUCUGGAAAUGGAUUUAAUUGUUCUAGUAAGUAAAUCUUUCAUUUGUGUGUUUAAAGUUUUGUACCUGUAUACUAAAUUACUAAUCUCUUAUUGUUUCUUGUUUCUAUUUUUGUUUUAGACAUUGAUGAAUGUUUGACCAACCCAUGUCAUGUCAAUGGCAGCUGUAUAGACAACGAAAGUUCUUUUGUUUGUCAGUGUCACGCUGGGUAUUCUGGAAAUGGAUUUUAUUGUUCUAGUAAGUCAGUAUUUCAUUCAUGUAUGUUUAAUGUUGUUACCUAUCUUCUGAUCAUCUUCUGUUAUUUCUCUUAUUUUUCUAGACAUUGAUGAAUGUUUGACCAACCCAUGUCAUGUCAAUGCCAGCUGUACUGACACAAAAGGUUCUUUUGGUUGUCAAUGUAAUAGUGGGUAUUCUGGAAAUGGAUUUAAUUGUUCUAGUAAGUAAAUCUUUCAUUCAUGUAUAAAGUGUUGUACCCGUUUACGAAUUACUUAUUGUUUGUUAUUUCUAUUAUUUUUGUAGACAUUGAUGAAUGUUUGACCAACCCAUGUCAUGUCAAUGCCAGCUGUAUGGACAACGAAGGUUCUUUUGUUUGUCAGUGUCACGCUGGGUAUUCUGGAAAUGGAUUUAAUUGUUCUAGUAAGUAACUCUUUCAUUUGUGUGUCUACAAUUUUGAACCGUUGCAGUAAUUAUUUACUGUUUGUUAUUUUUAUUAUUUUUUCUAGACAUUGAUGAGUGUUUGACCAACCCAUGUGAUGUCAGGGGCGGCUGUACUGACAUUGAAGGUUCUUUUGUUUGUCAAUGUAAUAGUGGGUAUUUUGGAGAUGGAUUUAAUUGUUUUAGUAAGUAAAUCUUUCAUUCGUGUGUUUAAAGUUUUGUACCUUUUUGCUAAUCGCUUAUUAUUUGUUUUUUUCUAUGUUUUUUUCUAGACAUUUCCCAGGUUGACAAUCUUGCCAAGAUCCCAGCAAGAUCUUGACAAGAUCGUACCCAAAAUAUAAGCAAGAUCUUUUCAAGAUCUUACAUAAACCCUGCAAGAUCAUAGAAGGAUCUUGCAAGAUCUUGCCAAUAUCAUGUAAGAUCUUACCAAAGAACCUGCAAGAUCCUGCCAUGAUCCUGCAAGAUCUUAUAAAAAAUCUCGCAAGUUCUUGGCAUGAUCCUGGAAGAUCUUACCAGAAAUUCCGCAAGAUCUUGCCAUGAUCCUGCAAUAUCUUACCAAAAAUCCUGCGCGAUCUUACUAUGAUUGUGCAAGAUUUUACCAAAAAUCUUGCAAGAUCUUGCAAAGAUUCUGCAAGAUCUUACUAAAAGUCCUGCAAGAUCUUGCCUUGACCCUGCCAGAUCUUACCAAUAAUCUGAAUGAUAAGGUUACACAAAAUGAAUUAGAAUAUAAUAGUUUGUAUAUAACUUUGAUUGAAUUUAUCAAAAUAAAAGCGCAUGCAAUAAGUGUAAUUUAUUACUACACAUUCCAGGUCAUUAAUGCUCAUUGUUAUAUAGUUAGUGUCAAAGUUCAAUUUUUGUGUUUGCCGAUUUGUGAAAACCAUAUCACGUGCCGGUCCACAAAACGUCAUGUUCGGCAACCGGUGCGCAAUGAAACAAUUAUUGACCAGUCAAUAAAACAAUUAUUGACCAGUCAAUAAUAAAAUGGGUACAAUGCGCAUGCGUGUCAACCGUGAAGUUCCAUUUACGGCGUUCCAUUUAUCUAGUUUUGGUUUCAAAGUUCACUUCAAUAAUCGGUGAAUUAUUCAUACUUUGACACUUAUAUACUAUAUACCAAAAAAACUUAUUUACUGAGACCGUAUCUCGGGAAAGCAGUGCGUUUUGUGGCCCCUCGACCGCAGUUGUUGCCCUCGGUGUCGCCUCCGGCGACAACGGCGGUCUCGGAUCCACUUUUUCCCUCGGUCUCAGUAAAUAAGUGAUAAUGAUUAAACAUAAUUUGUACAAUACAACGCGCUGGGGCAAACGAAUCCUGUUUAGUUUUUGUAGCAAAUUAAAAGCUUAAAAGUAAAAUAUUUUAGUAUCUUUAGUGGGUAUUCUGGAAAUGGAUUUCUUUGUUCUAGUAAGUAAAUCUUUCAUUCAUGUGUUUAAAGUUUUGUACCUUUUUAAUAAUUGCUUAUUAUGUGUUUAUUCUAUGUUUUUUUUCUAAACAUUGCAUGGUGAAUGUUGACUAACCCAUGUCAUGUCAAUGCUAGCUGUACUAAAAGCGAAGAUUCUUUUGUUUGUUACUGUAAUAGUGGGUAUUCUGGAAAUGGAUUUAAUUUUUCUAGUAAGUAAAUCCUUCAUUUAUCUGUUUAAAGUUUUGUACCUUACUACUAAUCACUUAUUUUUUGUUAUUUCCAUUUUUUUCUAGACAUUGAUGAAUGUUCGACUAACCCAUGUCAUGUCAAUGCCAGCUGUACUGACACUGAAGGUUCUUUUGUUUGUCAAUGUAAUAGUGGGUAUUCUGGAAAUGGAUUUAAUUGUUCCAGUAAGUAAAUCUUUCAUUCAUGUAUAAAGUGUUGUACCCGUUUACGAAUUACUUAUUGUUUGUUAUUUCUAUUAUUUUUCUAGACAUUGAUGAAUGUUUGAUGACCAACCCAUGUCAUGUCAAUGCCAGUUGUACUGACACCGAAGGUUCUUUUGUUUGUCAAUGUACUAGUGAGCAUUCUGGAGGUCGAUUUAAUUGUUUUAGUAAGUAAAUCUUUCAUUGAUAUAUUUAAAGUUUUGUACCUUUGCACUAAUCACUUUUUAUUUUUGUCUAUUGCUUUUUCUAGACAUUGAUGAAUGUUUGACCAACCCAUGUCAUGUCAAUGCCAGCUGUACUGACACCGAAGGUUCUUUUGUUUCUCAAUGUAAUAGUGGGUAUUCUGGGAAUGGAUUUACAGUAAUUGUUUCAAUAAGUCAAUCUUUCAUUCAUGUGUUUAAAGUUUUGUACCUUAAUAGUAAGUCUUUAUUAGAUAUAGCCUCAGCAGACGUGGGACUUCACAAGAAAAACUAUAAUAUAAUACUAUAUACAAGAUUACAAUAAAAUAUGUAUCUAAGUUAAUUACUCAGAUUUAACUGAAAUGGUUAAAAGACACCUUUUUAAAAACGACCGUAUAAAUCUUUCUGUUUUAACCGUAAUUAAAAUAUAAUCAUGCUUACGUUCUCUUAAUGAUCUUUCUCUUUUAGGUGGAAGCAGUUCGUAUAAAGGGUGAUUGGGGUAAUUAUCUUCUCGAAUAAACUCAUGUCUCCUUCUUUAAUCACAUCAAUUAUCUGAACGCUUUUUGUUGUGUAUCCAUAUCGGUGUGUUAGCCUAAGAAAUUUAUCAAUCUGGUCCAGGGACUUCUUUCCAUAAGAAAAUAGAGACAUAAUAAGCGUGUGGAAGAGAAUUGUUAAUUGUCCUUACAGUAGCCAUAGGAUCUACAUAUUCUGAAAAUGUGCAUACGACAACUGGCUCUAGAAGCAAAUUAUUAACUUGAAUGUUUCAACAAGACGGAUCAUUCUGGAGUGUAAUUCCCAAUAUUUUUGGCCAUGUCUUACGUUCAAUACCUGCUAUUGGUGCUGGUGGAGGAUUUGCUGAUUUGCCAUUAACAAUCAUUUCCCAUGUCUUAGCUAGAUUUAAUGUCAUUCUGUUUGUUUCUGUCCAGUUUUCAAUAUUAUCCACCUCAGCUGGUGCAGAAUCAUAAUUAUCUUUAACCGGGACACUAACAGUUAUGUCUUCUGCAAAUUUGACUAGUAGAUUAUUAUCAGGAUUUUUGACUCAUGUUAGAUCAUUUAUCAUUAAAGAAAAUAAAAAUGGUCCAAGGACUGCGCUUUGUACUCCUUUGUUAAUGUCUACAUAAUUCUUUUCAUCUUCUCUACUGCAGAAUAUCAAAAUUGUGACAAAAGAUUCAGUGAUUCUAAAUUGGUGAGGCAGAAAAGUACCAUUUUUCGCGCAUUUUAUAGAACGUUUUGUAAUCUUCAGAACUUUGUAAAAUCACGUCCCAAAAUGCAGGAAAUGGCAAGUUGUUUAGAUUUCACCGGGGACGUGCACCCUCUGCGCGCGUAAAAAUCUCACAGAUUGUCAACAAGAUGUGUUCGCACUACUUGUUCUUAGUUGUUGACAAGUCUGGAACAAGUUGUUAUCCAAGUUGUUGAUGGGGCCAACACACUCCUCGCAACAAGUUGUUCCAAUAAGUCUGAUAUCGUCUUAAGCCCGUAGCAACUUGUUACGAACACCUUGGAUUAGUCUUGUUGGAACAACCUUGUAACAAGGUGAUAACAAUUUGCUUCAGACUUAUCACAGCAACUGAGAACAAGCAGUGCGAACACAUUUUGAUAUCGGCUUCACAACAGCCUUGUUACAACUUCUUUGCAGUUCUGUAACAGCUUGCGCGUUUUUACGUGUUUAUGAGUCUUGUGUCUUCGUCGUUUUGACUGUGGCUUGUACCCUGCCUUUAUAUUAGCAUGAUCAUAAGCAUGUAUCUAAGGGACUGGUCAUAAAGUAACUGCUAGGGCGGGCUGGAGGUAAAUCACAAAUUUUGCCAAUAAGGUUGGUGACCCAUCUUAGGAUAUAGAUAAAAAUUUCAAAGCCCAUUUAAUCAAACAAAGUUUUUUUCAUGACAAAUCGAAACUGGGAAAAUACACUUUUAUAAUAAAAAACGUGCAGGUAUGAACAUUGUAAAUAUAGUACACCGACACUGUAUUGACAUACAUAAUUCCACCAAGCUUGACUAACACAUUCAUCACCAAUUACGAUACUGGGCUGCUCUCCAGUUAGUUGUAUUUGCUGCGAUUCAACCAUUUCUUGUUGUUGUAUAAAACAAAGUACGGGCUUCAAUACAUCAUUUGCAUUUGAUAAUUUGGAUAGUUUUGUUUACUUUUGUUAUUAAUAUCUUUAUUUUUUGAAAUGGACAUGGGUUUUGGAUUGGUGGCCCAACCGUGGACAUACAGAAGAAUUGGAGGCCUAUCGAAACUGCCCAAAGAUUUUCCAUGGCCCAUCCCAAAUCACUCCAUCCCACCUUAGCAGUUACUUUAUGACCGGUCCCUAAAUUUAACGACAGCUCUCUGCCUCUUAAGAUAUUGCUGAAGUAUUUUUCAUCCCUGAAAGCCCAUACAUACACUAAUCCAAUGUUAUAGCCACUCUUCAUUGGCAAUGGCAACAUGCCUUAUUUUCAUUUGAAUAUUGACUGGAAAUGUGAACUUCAUUACUGCCAUUUCAAGCUCAAGUAAAAAGCCCUGUAAAUAAUACAUAAUAGUGAAUGAUAUUCUAUUUGUUUUAGGUUUUGAAUGAAUUCUUCCAUAAUGUAUGUGAAAUUGAUUUAGUUUCAAUUUUUAUAAGGUAUGUAUGUAUGUAAUGACUGCCUGUCCAAUCCAAUCACUAUUACUAAAAGACUGUACUGUUUAUUGCUCUCUUGCCCCAGUGAGAAUCCACCUGACCCCAAACUGCCCCUCCCCCCCCCCAUCAGAAGUCAAAUGGUCUGGCCCUUUUUUCCUCAUGUUUUGUGCACAAUAGGGUUAUAUGGAUAGGAUUGGAUUCAAGAUCAAAGAGAAACUUAUUCGUACAUGAAGUAUUGGGACAUACAGUAACCUUCAUGUUCACCUACUAUGGCCAUUAGGGCAAAGGGCAAUAUACUUGUUCGCCAUUCCGAGAUUGAUGAAAGAGUGUUAAAAAGUGACAAAAUGAAGAAAUUGACUUUACCAAUAAAAGAUCAUCUCAAAAUUAUUAAGAUACAUAUGGCUUGAUUUUGAAUGCCUAAAAAGUGAGAAAAGUACUAUAAAAUACAUUAUAUUGGUGGAUGUUUGUACCCCUCCAUGCGUUUCAUAUCAAUUUUUGCAGUGAUACACCGUAAUGAAAAUUUACCGAUAUUCUUAGAACCGAUAUCCAAGGGCGGAUAUUAGCCCAUACCAAUAUAACAUAUUAGAUAGUAACUUGCGUGCUAGAGAUAUAGGUUUGCUGUCUUUUAAAUCAGGUCUUAAACUCUACUACAAACAUGCACUAUCCAAAACAUUCAAAUGUGACGAUCCGCGCACCUGGAAAUCAGUGUGUGUAAAGUGCAAAAGAGCAAGAUCGCUUAACAAUGAAAUAAGCUGUUGUUAGCCUUAUUAGUUUUAGCUUGUUGAGUUGCUUGAAAAUUUGUUUUGUACAGUAAUUUUAUUCUUGUUUAUAUGGGAUCGCCGUAAUUGGGGAAACCUGUGGCGAAUUCCCUGGCUCUAUAUGUUGUAUUUAAAUAGCAGCCGAAUCUUAUUAAAUUAAAUUAAAUUAAAUUAAAUUAAAUUAAAUUAAAUUAAAUUAAAAUAUAAUUCUACUACCAGGAAAAUGUUAACCAGAGUGUUCUUAGAGUGAUAUAGUUUCAUGGAUCAAGGCUAGAGUCAAUUUUAACCUCUACAAAAUAAUCUUGCAAGAAAUUGCAUAACAGUUUUCUUGAGUCUCUCAUCUCUCCAGAUAUAAAAAGUGGAGUUAAACGACCAAUAAAAAUCAACAACAAGAUGCUGCUAAGCUAACGAAAUCCUGACAAAUCAGUGUUAUAUAAAGCUGCUAAGAGUUUUGAGUAUCGCACUUGGGAAAACCACGACAUCAUACACAACUACCAUGGUCAGAAUGAUCUUUAUACUAUCUUGUUGUGUUUUAAUCUUUGGGAUGCCGAUUCCAACUUGUUAUCUAUUGCAUGCUAUGCGAAUGAAAUAGUAUAUUUGUGGGAUGUAUGCUAUCACGAUAAAGAUGAAAUAGACUCACUAUAAUAUAUCGUGAGGGACUGUCUACACAUCUUGUUGCACCUUCAAUGAAAUAUUCACGGUUUCGUUAUAAUCCAUCAUGUACUGUCCCUCCAUAAAUUAACAGAUAGAAGAUAAAUAAUACCGCAUAUAUCUUUUUUGGCUAGCUUCAGUGGUUUGCUGAUAGCGUGAUAACGAUUCCUUGCAAAAAUUGUUAAACCCCUGAUAGCUUCUACCAAUUUGGGUAAAACUUUACACAUGAUGGAACCCAAAAGCCAAGAAUCCGUUGGAGUAGCUGUCGUAUAAAUGAUAAAAUAUAAGCAAGAUUUUACAAGAUCGGCGGCACACAGGUUGAUCAUUAAAUGAUUACUGAGGGGCACAGGUGAUUUCUUCACGAAGUUGAUGAUCAGAAAUAUGUUACUUAAAAGAGCAGCAAUCUCCAGAAAUAUUGAUAAGAGUGUAUAAAGAAAACGACUUGUACGAGGUUUAUGUUUGGAUUUGGAAUGGAAUUACUGACAACAAAUUUUGAACCGUGCUGUUACUGUGGUUGGAGAGAUUCAUCGCGAAGUAGUCCUGUCUCUGCAGAACCCUGACAAGCAGGUCUGAAAUGCUGCAUUGUUCAUCCUCGCUGUUUUAUUAAAACAACCGAUUAUUUUAAUAAAGCCGUUUCCUAAAUAUUUAUUGAAAACAAAAUUCAGCUAUAUUAAUACUUCACUUAAUACGCACAAGAUGAACAUUAUUUUGCAGAAAUUUAAUAAAAUACACGUUUGGCAACAGUAAAAUGUUUUAAAGAAAUUAAUAAAUUUAAACGUAUUGGAACUAUUGAGUACAACAUUUCAUUUUCGAUUCCAUUUUAUUUUAGAUUUUUUGAAGAAAAUCGAAAAUUUUCUAUUUUUGAUCAACGAUUUACGAAUGAUUGAUAUAGUCAGUCUGUAUAUUGUACAUAUUUAUAUUUGUAUAUUGAAAUUCAUCAACGCUCAUUAAUUCAAUUUUCGUUUUUUUGAGUUUUGACAGAGGCGUUGCUAGGAAGCGUGGCGUAUAAACAUGAAUCAUCCACGGAGCUCCAUAUAUAUCUGGAGCGAGAACUCGAGUUCAAAAAGUGAAAUCAAAGAUGGCGGAAAUGGAAGGGCUGUUGGACGUCGACCCAGUCCCCUUCUAUUGUUUUUUCUCCGUGGUCGGACACGAACUGCGUGGAGUUUGCCGAAAUUUCGUAUUUUGACUGCGGUUUAAAGACUAUUUAAUAUUAUGAUUUUAUGAACCGAAAACUUUGUUUAGUGACGCGGUCCGUUAGAAAAAGCUGGAAUUAGCUGGGGAAAAUGGACGUAUAAUUAAAGCUGUUUACGGCCUUCAUAGCUUUUGGAAGUCAAUUUCUGCCAUAUUCGCUUCACUUUUCUCAUAAGCCGAAUGUUUUUGCUCCAGAUAUAUAUCGCUCAUUGGAAUCAUGCUCUGAAUAGAUAUGAAAGUAGCUACCGUAGUUUAUCUGCUAAAAGAGUCCACCUUAUGGGCGAUAAAUAUACCAUGGAUUUCGAAGUAGCAUGGGUCGGGACAGGACUUCUCCUUUUAUGGCGUCGAUACGAAACCGAAUUAUUUUUUGACAUACUUUUAUUACAAUAUAUGUAAUAUCGAACUUUCUCUUGGCCUCAUUUUAUUAAUAGACUUUUUUGUGUUAUUAAUGACCAAGAACAAGGCUUGACAUUUUUUUUAUUAAAACCGACAUUUCGGAGCUUACUCCAUCAUCAGGUUAAAAGACUAUACAAUAUUAUUAUUAUAGAGUGACACCUUUAGUGGCACCUAUGAUACUCGGGCAAAUUUUUCCUAGUGUUUGACUGUAUGUAGGGCAAAGCAAUUGAAGUCUUCUGAGGAAACGAUAGAAAAGUUCACGAAUUUCAUGGCAGAUGGAUUGGUGACCACGCGCUUUUGUCGAACAAGAAGAAUACACACACCGCUAAUACGUACACUCAAGUUGCGCCCUUGGAUAAUGGAGUAAACUCCGAAACGUCAUUUUUAAUAAAAAAUGUUAAUCUUUGGUCAUUAAUAACACAAAAAGUCUCUUUCAAUACAAUUGCACUACUCGUAGCCAAUCAGAAUUGAGUAUUUUGACAAACUUUUUAAAAAUUUAUACUGCAAAUUAAUAUUACUACAUAUGAACUAAAUUUUGUUUGCAAUAAACUUGUAUAAAUAACGGCUUUAUUAAAAAGAUCAGUGGUCUUAAUAAAAUACGAAGGAGGAUGUGUAAAGUAUUUCUCAUCUGCUUGUCAGGGAUAGCGCAUCAAGUUCCAGCAGAGCAAACUACUUCGCGAUGAAUUUUUCCAACCACAGCAACACCACGAGUGAAAACCUGUUUUCUAUUAUUCCAAAUCCAAAUUUAACUCUGGUCCAAGUCGUCUUCUUCACUCUGAUAUCAUUUCUUCUGGUGAUCGCUGCUCUUUCAUGUAAUACAUUUUUAAUCGUCAGUUUAGCAAAGAAAUCACCUGUGCCUCUCGGUGAUCAUUUAAUGAUCAACUUGUGUUUGGUAGAUUUUGUAAAAUCUUGCUUAUAUUUUAUCGUUUAUACAACAUCGACCACCGUGAAUUCUUGGUUUUUGGGUUCCAUCAUGUGUAAAGUUUUACCUAACUUGCUGGAAGGCUGUAAAGCAUUUUCUAUUUGGAUUUUAACAAUUCUUGCGGGCAGUCGCUUUGAAGCUAUUAGCAAUCCACUGCAGCUAACAAAACAUGAAAAAUUGAAGAUAUAUCUGGUGUUAUUUAUUUCCGCCUGUUGCAGUAUUGGUGCUGAAGUAUGGAAUGGGAUUAAACGAAGUAAUCAAUACUACAUCGAAGGAACGACACGAUGUGUAGACGAUCUCUCGCUAAGAGACCCUGAACGACUUGAAAUAGCUGUGGCUUAUUUCACUAACAUUGUGAUAGCACACAUCCUACAAAUAUACUAUUUCAUUCGCAUAGCAUGUAUACUUUGGAAAAACUCCAAACGUCUUGGAGAUAACAAGUUGGAAUCAUCCCAAAGAUUGAAACGCAACAAGAAAGUAGUAAAGACUUUACUGACCAUGGUAGUUGUGUAUGAUGUCGUGGUUGUCCCAACUGCGAUACUCAAAACUUUUGCUUUAUAUAACACUGAUUUGUCAGCAUUUCGUGAGCUUAGCGAAAUAUUGCUGCUGAUAUAUUGUUCGUUUAAUUCCACUUUCUAUAUCUGGAGAGAUGAGAGACUCAAGAAAACUGUUAUGCAAUUUCUUGCAAGAUUAUUUUGUAGAGGUUGA